UUGGCAUUAGUUCUACUUGUGCUUCUCGAGCGUUGGCAAUCCGCAAUGAAAGUGUUUGUAUGUCUUCUGGCGCUGGCCGCCACUCUGGCAACCGCCAAUGCAGGACUCCUGGGUCUACUGAAGGGAGGAGGCGGUGGUGGCGGUGGCUAUGGCGGCGGAUACGGUGGUGGCUACGGAGGUGGUGGCGGCGGUGGAGUCCAGGUCGUCAAAGUGAUCAACACCUAUGAGGGAGGACACGGAGGUGGCUACGGAGGAGGCUACGGAGGUGGAUACGGUGGUGGCUACGGAGGCGGCAGCCACGGAGGUGGCUGGAACUCUGGCAGCUACGGAGGUGGAUAUGGAGGUGGCUACGGAGGUGGCUACGGAGGUGGUUACGGAGGUGGCCAUGGAGGCGGCAGCCGCGUGGAUGUCUACAAAGUGAUCACGACCACUCAUGGAGGAGGCAGCUACGGUGGUGGCUACGGAGGUGGUUACGGAGGUGGCUACGGAGGUAGUUACGGAGGUGGUUACGGUGGUCAAUCCGGCUGGUGGAAAAAGAAGUAAGCUGGAGACGCCGGCUCACCAAGCACCAUAUAUGCCCCAUUCCCCAGAACUCGCCUCCAUUUAUCUGCAAUCCGGAUACAAACUCGUUUAUGUACCUGAAAAAUCUUCCAUAGCCUAGCAGUCUGAAUCUCUUUAAUGUCAUUUAUUCCCAAAUUAGCGAAACUAGUUUGAGAUAAUCGGCAGACUGCUUGGCGAACACAUUAAUAAA